UUUAGGAUGAGGACUCCCAUAACUCCUUUGUGGCAGAAGAUAGUCAGCAGUGUGCAGUUUGAACAGAUUCUGUUUGUGCUGAUCUUUUUCCAAGGGCAAAACAGAUUCUGUUACCAUCUGAUUCAGAGGCAGAGGUUCCACACCUUCAGGAGCUGUCAAAGCCAUCUGACUUACCACCUGUAGGUCAGUUUUCCCAGGUGUACUGGCCAAACCAAUGUAAAGUCAUCAGGGACAGAAUUGAGCACAUUGAUUGGAUACCCACUACCCCUGAGCCAAUGUACACUCCAACAGGUUUGGAGAUGAUGCCGCCAUACCAACCUCCUGACAAAGGCACUGUGGUUUAUCUUGGAGAAGAAGCUAACACAGCAUCCUGCUUCAUGUAUUCCCAAGUGAGAGGUCUGUGCCCCAUGAAGCAGGUCCUCCAUCAGAAACUGGACAACACACUCAUCUUUGAAGCACGGUUCGAGAGUGGGAAUUUGCAGAAGGUGGUUAAAGUUAAUGACUUUGAGUACCAGCUGACCCUGCGCACCGACCUCUACACGAGCAGACACACACAGUGGUACUACUUCCAAGUCAGCAAUACUCAGGCAGGGAUGCCGUAUCGCUUCACUAUUGUCAACUUUACCAAGCGUAACAGCCUGUAUAAACAUGGUUUGCGGCCACUGUUGUACUCAGAAGCUGAUGCUAAGAAGCACAAUGUUGGCUGGCGAAGGACAGGAAAUGAAAUCAAGUAUUAUAAAAACAAUGUGGGCGAAGGUGGACAUCAGUAUUUCUCACUCACUUGGACGUUCCAGUUUCCUCAUGACAGAGACACCUGCUAUUUUGCCCACUGCUAUCCUUACACCUACUCCAACCUGCAGGAGUACCUGGUGGACAUCUCUAAAGAUCCAGAGAAGUCCAAGUUCUGCAAGAUUCGCAUCUUGUGCCGUUCCCUGGCAGGAAAUAUAGUGUAUGUCCUGACUAUCACCAACCCUCCUGAAAGUGGCAACGACACAAAGAGGAAGGCUGUGAUACUAACUGCAAGAGUGCAUCCAGGAGAAACCAACAGUUCGUGGAUAAUGAAGGGAUUUCUGGAUUACAUUCUUGGCAAUUCACACAAAGCUCAACAGCUCCGGGACACUUUUGUCUUCAAAGUGGUGCCAAUGUUAAAUCCAGAUGGUGUGAUUGUGGGAAAUCAUCGCUGCUCUUUAACAGGAAAGGACUUGAACCGCAAAUACAAAUGCAAGGUGAAGAAAUGUUAUCCUUCCAUCUGGUAUACCCGAAACAUGAUCAGAAGAGUGAUGGAGAAACGUGACAUUUUUCUGUAUUGUGACAUCCAUGGUCACAACAGAAAACAAAAUGUCUUCAUGUAUGGUUGUGAGAGAAAGCAGCAACCAAAAGCACCGUACUUGCAGCCACGUGCCUUUCCUCUCUUGCUGAGCAAGAAUUGCCCAGAUAAGUUCUCAUUCCCAGACUGCCGUUUUAGAGUACGAAAGAGCAAAGAAGGUACAGGUCGAGUUGUAAUGUGGAAGAUGGGCAUCAACAACAGCUACACUUUGGAAGCCUCUAUUUGUGGCUCUAAGUUGGGCUGGAGACAAAGCACCCAUUUUGAUAUGAAAGACUUAGAGUCAAUAGGACAGCAUUUCUGUGAUGCUCUCUUGAACUACUCUGUUCAUAAUGAGGAACAAGAGAAAGUAGUGAGACAGCAAACUAAGGUGAAAUCUGAAGUCCUCAAUUCUGAUUUAUACUGGGAUUCCAGCAGUCAAACUUCUGACAGCUCAGACUCCUGUGAUCUUCCUGCACACAGGCAAAAACUAGGCACUAAGAAAGACAACAAAACAUCAGGAGAUCAUUUUAACAGUAUUGCUAAAGACAGAAAUCAUGAAAGCAAAUACAUGCCAGGCACUGAAACUCAACAUAAGAUAUUUCAGGAAUCUGACCCAGUAGAAAAAGUAAAAUUGCCAAUUACAGCCUCUGCCAAACAAGUAGGAAAGGAUUUCAGCCCAGAGAGACUCACCCAUGAUGCUGAAGGCAAUGGUAGAAAUACAUCUGUGCCACAGAAGUCAAGAAAAAGUGUGUGGCCUGAUAUAAACCUAUCCACAAGAGAAAGUUUCCGUUCAUCCAGCUUUAAUCUGAUUUCCCAGAAGACAAAGAAGCACGAUGGCAGAAGUGUCUCCAGCUCUUCGGAGAAGACAUUUCAAUAUUUAAAAGGUCAUGAUCGUAUUGCAAAGAGCAAUUCCAAAAAAGAAGAAAGGAAAAUGGAGAGUCUCCCUUUAAAGCCCGAAAGACUCAGGAAAAACUGGACAGCAAGCCAAGAUGUAAAUUGUAGGAAGAGUAAAUCCUGCCAGGCACGAAACACAUUGCAGUUCUCUCUGCCCUUACUGCCUCAAGCAAAGAACAGACAACCUGCUGCAAAAUAUCAGGAUGUGUAUUGGAGUCCCAGUUCUUCAGCCAAUGAAGGCCCAUGAAAGAGUAUCAUCCAUCUGGUGUGCUUAAACAAUUCCUAAAACAAAGUAACAUUUAUCUUAAACAAUGCCUACUGUUUCUGUAUGGCAGACUCCACUUCCAGAAGGAACUGUAUAAAUAGCUAAUGACCCUCCACCUUCUUUUUUUUUUUCCUUUAACUCUAUUUGGAAGUUUUCCUUAUAUUCACCAGGAGAGUGAUUAUUCACCAAGCAGCAGAAGUCACCAUCCCCUGAUCAUAGUGGAGAAAGUGGAGCCAUAAGCCAUGAAAAUCAUUUCCCCUUUCACCAGCAAACCAAAUAAAUUUUACACACAGAAACAUUUGACAUAAAAUCAGUACACAAAUCAUGGAACUCCUUGCUAAAGGAUGUGGAUGCAAAAAUGGAUUCAGUUGGACAUGUGCCUUAAAGAUAGACCACUGAGAGUUUUUAAAUAGACAAGCCACAUAUGGCUUGGGAAAUGUCCUCAGCUGACAAGAGUAAGAACCUAGGAGAGUACUUGGAAAAAGUAUAUGUUUGUUCCAUUCCUACUCUCCCCUGGGCAUCCAAACAGAGUCAUCUUGGAGACAGAGCGCUGUGGUAGGUGGCCCCUUGGUCUAAACCAGUAUGACUAUUUGUUACAGCCAUACGCCUGCAUAGUUUGUGUCAUCUGGGGGGGACAUAGUACUGUAUGGACACCUGAGAAAAUGAAAUAAGAUUAAAAAUAUGGUUCUUUAAACAGGUA